AUGGAAGCCUCUGAUUUUGUUUUGGUUGUAGACUCAUCUGUAGAAGAACAGGUGGAAGAAUUGGCUGUUUUCUUAGACCAAGUAGAAGCCAAUCAAGAAAAAAAUGUCUUUGCCAAAUGCAAGGAAUUUUUAGCUUCCGAAAAUGUCACUGAAGCUGUGAGCUUUCUUUUAAGCCGGUUAUCUUUGCUCUCUCAAAUUUCUGAAAAGGAAUUCGAGCCUAUGAUGAAUGUUUUCAUCAGUCUUUUACAAGAGUCUACUGCAUAUGAAGAACAGGUCGUCAAGUUCUGCCAAGUCUUGGAGUCUAUUGUUGAACAAACAACCUCCUCUGCUCCUCUUGCCCUUAGCGUCCUUAGCACUUUGUUUAAUGCCUCUGUCAAAGAUCGUCAACAUGCCCGUUUACACAUCUUAAAUAGUGUUGUAACUAUCACUACAAGAUACAACCUUUACCAAUCACUUUCCCCCUACUUUGUUUAUUUCCCUGAAUGGCUCCACCAAGCCAGCGUGCCUGUCUCCGAUCAGCGCGCCUUCAACAUCUUUGUUUCAAAAGCCAUUCAAUCUUAUGAUGAAGAGCAAUCCUUUGCUUUCCUUUUAGAGGCUGUCAAAAUGGCUCCUUCUAACACCGACGAAGCAGUUCGUGAAUUGGUACACCGUGCUGUUAACAGCCCCAAAUAUUUCUUUUACGACGAUAUUGUCACCCUACCUGCUAUCCAACAACUUGAACAAGCUACUUUGCAAUUGCUCGGCAUUUUGUCUGGUGGUAUGGUUGAAGACUUUCUCUCUUGGGUUGAUACCAACCGUUCUUUCUGCCAACAAGAAAAGUUUGACCAAGAGGCCAUUGCUCGUAAAAUGAAGCUUUUGACUAUUGCUUCCCUUGCUACCCAAGCUCCUAACAAUGUCUUAUCUUACAAGGAUAUUGCUAAGGUACUCCAAACCGAUGAAAGUGAAGUUGAACUCUGGAUUAUCGAUGUCAUUCGCGCUGGUCUCGUCGAAGGCCGCAUGUCACAACUUAAUCAGACUUUCAUAAUACACAGAAGCUCUUAUCGUGUUUUCGGAAAGCAUGAGUGGAUUUCUCUACACGAAAAACUUGCCAAAUGGAGUUCUAGCUUGCAAUACAUGUUGCAAGUCAUGGACCAGCCUCUUUCAAACUAUACCUUGGCUACUAGCAAAAAGGGUGGUAGAGAACAUGCUGGUGUUUCUGCAUCUGAGUAG